AUUCAAUCAGUUGGCAUUUAAAACGACAAUUAAUUGAAUCGAAAGACGAAUAUAGUUUAAAAAAGCACUUUUUUAAGUGUUAAAAUUUGGAAAGAAAUCUCAUGUUUUAAAGACAGAAAAAUAAUUGGAUUUUAAAAAACCUUUUGCUGCGGUCAAAAGUGAAAUGAAGUUUUUAACAGUAUUAACAGCACUUUUAGUGCUGACAUGGCUGGAAUAUGGAGAAGCAGGCUGUGGAUACAAGUCAUGUCCCUCCACCAAAUCUGGUAUGAUAAACGUGCACUUGGUGCCCCAUUCUCACGAUGAUGCCGGUUGGUUGAAGACAGUCGAUCAGUAUUACUAUGGCAGUCGCAAUGAUAUCCAACAUGCUGGUGUUCAAUAUAUAUUGGACAAUGUGAUUGUGGAGCUAUUGAAGAAUAAAUCGAGAAGAUUUAUCCAAGUGGAAACUGCCUUUUUCCAGAAAUGGUAUAACGAACAAUCUUCGGAUGUUAAAAAGAAUGUCAAGAAGUUGGUGGACGAUGGUCGUUUGGAAUUUGCUGGCGGUGCCUGGAGUAUGAACGAUGAGGCUGCUGUGCAUUAUCAAAGUGUGAUUGAUCAGUUUACCGUGGGUUUGAAGUUCUUAACCGAUACCUUUGGUUCCUGUGGCCGUCCUACUAUUGGCUGGCAAAUUGAUCCUUUUGGCCAUUCCCGUGAAAUGGCUUCUUUGUUUGCUCAAAUGGGUUUUGAUGGUCAAUUCUUUGCUCGCAUGGAUUUUGUAGAGAAAGAUACACGUUUGGAUAAUUUAACUGCUGAAAUGAUUUGGAAAGCUUCCGAUAGUUUGGGCCAAAGUGCUGAACUUUUCACUGGUCUUUUGUACAAUCAUUAUGCUGCUCCUGAUGGCUUCUGUUUCGAUAGUUUGUGUAAUGAUAAGCCCAUUAUUGAUGGUGAUAGUUAUGACAAUAAUGUUAAGGAGAGGGUUGAUACCUUCAUUGCUUAUAUUAACAAAAUGUCCAAGACAUAUCGUUCCACACAUUUGUUGGUGCCCAUGGGUGAUGAUUUCAAUUAUGAAAAUGCCAACAUGAAUUAUAAGAAUUUGGAUAAAUUAAUCAAAUACGUCAAUCAACGUCAACUUAUGGGCACUAAGAUCAACUUGUUGUACUCUACUCCUGCCUGUUACUUGAACGCCCUACAUGAGUCCACAAAACUUACUUGGCCCAGUAAGACCCAAGAUUUCUUCCCCUAUGGCACCGAUAAUCACACCUACUGGUCCGGAUAUUUCAGUUCCAGACCCACCCAAAAGAAAUACGAACGUGAUGGCAAUCACUUCCUGCAAGUAACCAAGCAACUCACCACUUUGGCCAAUCUCACCACAGCAGACAUGAAUCAAAAUCUUGAUAAGCUGAGACAAGUUAUGGGUAUAAUGCAGCAUCAUGAUGCUAUUACCGGUACUGAGAAACAGCAUGUAGCAGCUGACUACGAUAGACUUUUAACAGAUGCUUUAGUAUGGGCACAAAAUAAUACCAGAAUGGCUUUGCAAAAACUCACCAAUUUGACAAAUGGUGAAUUUAUUUCUUGUUUGCAAUUGAACAUAAGUUUGUGUGAGUUUACACAAAAAUCGGCAAAUAAUUUGGUGGUUACCGUGUUCAAUCCUUUGAGUCAACCUAGUACCCAAUAUAUUAGAAUACCCGUGUUGAAUGGUACUUAUAUUGUAACCGAUAAUACCGGCAAAGUGAUUAAUCAUCAGAUUGUACCCGUGUCCGCUGAAGUUUUGGCUUUGACAGAUUUGCGCAAGAAUUUAACGCAAACGGAAUUGGUAUUUGAGGCUAAUGUAGAGAAAUUGGCAAAUUUCUAUGUGAAUUUAAAGAAAGAACCCAAAUAUUUUGAAUAUGAUGUUUACGACAAUGAGGGUAUUAUUAACAACAAUAGAUUCUUGAGAUAUCAAGCUAGAAAAACUGCUGCCGAUAAGACAGCAUCAGCUGUCACAAAUGAAGUACAACCCAGGGCUGCCGGAGAUGUAGUUGUGCAAAAUUCGCUAGUGAAACUAACCUUCAACAAUAAGGGUAUUUUAUACAACAUCCAAAUGAAUGGUGUUUCCGAAAAUGUUACCCAAGAAUUCUAUUACUACAAGGGAGCUUUAGGUAAUAACACACAAUCUAAAUUCAGAUCUUCUGGAGCCUAUACCUUCCGUCCUAAUGGCACUGAAUUAUUGGUCAGUCCCUCGGCCACCAUUAAAGUUUUCAAUGGUCCCCUAGUUAAAGAAGUUCAUCAGCGUUUCAAUGAAUGGGUUUCCCAGGUCAUUAGAUUGUAUGAGCGUAAGAAUGUUGUCGAAUUUGAUUGGCUGGUAGGCCCUAUUCCCAUUAAAGACAACAUUGGCAAGGAAAUUAUUACCCGCUUUACCAGCAACAUUGCUUCAAAGGGUGUCUUUUAUACCGACUCGAAUGGCCGUGAAAUGUUGAAGAGAGUUCGCAACCAAAGAGAAUAUUUCAAACCCGAUUUAACCGAAAAGGUAUCCAGCAAUUAUUAUCCCGUUACUGCACGCAUUGCUUUGCAAAAUGAAAAGGUACGUUUAGCUUUACUUAAUGAUCGCGCCCAGGGUGGUUCCAGCUUAAAGGAUGGUUCUUUGGAAUUAAUGUUACAUCGUCGUUUAUUGCAUGAUGAUGCUUUUGGUGUGGGCGAGGCUCUCAAUGAAACCGUCUAUGGCAAAGGUUUGGUUGCCCGCGGCAAAAUCCAUUUGAUACUCAAUCAACUGAACAACAAACCCACCGUUCAAGAACGUCAUUUGGCCAAGGAAUUACAUUUGCCCUACUGGAAAUUCUUUAGCAGCGCCUCAAAGGCCACCAACAAGAAAGUACCCAAGCUACCCAUAUUCUCUACUUUGCCCAAGGGCAUCGAAGUUUUAACCUUGGAGCCUUUUGACAAAAAUGCACGUUUAUUGCGUUUGGAAAAUAUUUUGGAUAAAACUGAAAGUGGUAAUCUUAGCUUUAAUAUACGUCUAAUUUUCGAUGCCUUAGGCGGUGAGGAAAUUAAAGAGAUGACUUUGGAUGGUAAUAUGAAACUGUCCGAUAUGAAGAGAUUUAAAUUCCAGCCUGAUGGUACCGUACCCAAGAAAGUAGAGUAUUAUACUUCGAAACAUACUCCUAUGUCGGCCAAGAAGAGUGAUGGCAUUAACAAGUUUACCAUUACAUUGGAACCGAUGCAAAUUCGUACUUUUAUUCUUAAGUGGAAAUAAGUGAGGAUAGCAGUAAGAAAUUUGGUAGAAGCUGAAUUUAAAUGAAAAGUAAUAAAUAAAGAAAAAAUUAUUGAAAA